CAGAUGUUUUACAAUCUAUUUAAUUUUAAUUUCUUGUUCUUAUAGGUAUUUUAUAUUUUGGCUAUAGUAAUUUUUUUAGUUGCUAAAUAAAGGCGGAAAAACGAAUAUGUGCUGGCCGAAGAAAAUAUUUUUAUUGAUCGUUAACUCAAUUUGCGGAUUUUUGGGUUUGGCCGUGAUCGGAUUCGGCAUAAAGUUUGCAUACGACGGAAACACGCUGGCACCGUUCAUCCAACAGUACAGCGCUCACAUAAGCAUAGCUCUCAUAGUAACUGGGAUUUUUACGUUCGGCAUAUCGUCCAUGGGAUGUAUUGGAGUCUUUAAGGAAGACGGUGCGUUAUUAAAAAUGUACGGUUGUGCCCUGAUCGUCAUCGUCGUGAUCCAACUCCUCAUUGGUAUAAUCGCGUUCUUCCUAGUCUCGGUGGUCAGGAAUCACUUAAAAAGUGAGCUCAACAAUCAAUUCGAGCACUAUAGCGAUCACAAAAACGAAAUCGACAAAAUUCAACAGCUUCUUCUCUGCUGUAGUGCUUUCGGCCUCAAGAAAUGGGAUAUUGACAAACUGCCGCCUACGUGUUGCGGAAAGGUAACCGGCGAAUGCCCAGCCGACGAUGCUUUUACUAGUAACUGUUUUGACAAGAUAGAAGCACAGGUAAAAACGAAUUUACAUACAACAGGCAUUCUUUGUUUAUGUUUCCUCGUCUUUGAAAUUACUUGCAUAGUGUUUGCAUUCUGCAUUUCCUCAAGCUACCAUUCUGCGAAAUAGCGAAACGUUGAAAAUCUUAUAAGCAUAAUAAACGUCAACGUCUUCUACAAGA